ACUAAUUUUAUCCGAUGGCCCCGGUCUCAUGGCGAGCAGCGCAGAGUCCCCGGAUGGGCAUGCCAUCCCUCGUCUGGUGCACCAGACUGCGCCCACUGAGCGCUCGCGAUGGGACCCUCGCUGGGAGCAUUGUCAGAAGACAUGGAUGCGCGUGUGCGCCAGCUGUCGCUACAUCUUGUGGGAUGACGAUGCCUUGAGAGAGCUCGUGCGAGAAGCGUUUCCUGAGGAGCUGGAUGUUUAUGACCAGUAUGAAGAACACAUCCAACGAGUGGAUUUUGCACGGGCCGCCAUGCUCUACCUGCAUGGAGGUCUCUACGCGGACAUGGACAUAGAACUCUUCCAGGACCCCUUCCCCCACCUGCCCGCUGGGCGGGUGAGCCUGGUGGCUUCUCCUUAUGUGGAGAGCGAGCGGCAUCAGAACUCACUGAUGGCCUCAGCACCAAGGCAUCCAUUUUGGCUGGCCUUUGUACAAGAAGCUCGCCGACGCUUUCAGAAUCGAAGCGCCUACAGGACUACGUGGCAACUCACUGGACCUCAGAUGCUGGACGCACUGGUUGAAAAGACGUCGUCCUCGUGGCUGCACGUGCUGCCUGCGGAGCUCUUCAACCAGGCGAUGCGGUCGCCGGGCUUUCGAUCUCCCAAGAUCAUCGCGCGGCACUUCUGCACGAGCGUGUGGACCCAUGAGAUGCACACAGAGAGCAUGCGCCUUCAUCAAGCAGCACGAUCAGGCGAUUUGGACCAGGUGCGCAGUGCUUUGUCCGCUCGUGCCGAUUUAAGCAGCAGCGACUAUGCUGGUCUUACGGCCUUGCACCAUGCAGCGCUUCGUGGCGAUGCUCGGAUGGUUGAGCUGUUGGCUUUGCUGAAGGCCGAUGUCUCGGCUCAGGACAAGAAUGCCACCACACCUUUACACUACGCGGUGCAGCUCUCACAUGUGCAGGUGCUUCGAGUCUUGCUGGCCGCCCAGUGCAGCUUGGAAGUCCAACUGCUCCAGGGCCCUUUUGGCAGGAUGCACUCCCUUGGAUUUGGCGCGAAGGAUCUGCCAAAGCCCAAAUUCAGAAGUGCGCGGGACGCGCUAGGACGUCCGCGCGACACACAAUAGCACCGGCACCGGCGGUGGCCGCCCAGCCAUGCAGCCAGCAGGGGGCUGGGACAUGUGAACUCGCUGCCGCUUGGAAGGGACGUCUAUCAAUAGGGUACUAGUAGGGAUAGGCGUUUGUAGGCGGUCUUUUUCGAGUAGGACAAAUAGGAGAGAGAUGCAAAUAGGCGAGAGUGGGUGUGGCAGUGGUGCUUGUUAGGUGUUGUGGUGAUAGUUGUUUUGGUUGGUGCUGUGAGUGUGGUGGUUGCUGUGGUUUAUCGUUUCGUGGUGGUUGUUGUUAGAUGUUGUUGCUGUUGUGGUUGUUUGUCGUGACCAGAGACAAGCAGAAACAGAAAAUGCCAAUUAUGCAAGGCGACUUGGGCAGCAUAACUCGCGUUUUGGUGCCAUCUUGGGCCAUUUUGAAUUGAAGGAGUGGCUAUACAUCCAUGCUGGGGAGCCGGCCGGAUUCGGGGAAUGCGAUCCAGCCCUGAAUCGUUGGACUUGGGUCCAUGAAGAGAGUGAACUCAUCCAUGCAACAUGCAUAUGCAAUGGCAUGGUCCAAAGUUUCACAGUUUUUCAUUUUUGAUUACAGAAACGAUCCGGUCGCACGCCUGCAUUGCAAAUACGAUGGAGGACACCAGUCCGACACUGGAACAGCCUGCGGCUCCAACAGAGCCUGCUGCAAAUGCAGCUCCAACAGAGCCUCCGGCUGCCGACUGCGUGAGCCCGCUUCUUUGGGCCCGGUUCUUCCAGAGAAUGAGCCGGCAGACAUGGGCGACAUGGGCAAUAUGGCCGCCAUGGAGGCGGCGGAUGCCAUGUUGGCGAGCUUUGACCCUUGGUGCGGAGGCUGAAGCAUUUGCAUUACAUGCAAAGCUCUGGGAGAGAGGUGUCAAAGGCAGAGGUGGACAAGCUGGAGGAUCUCAUAGACAAGAAGAUCCAGUGUAGGACCCAGGCAUAGUGGCGCUUUCAAGCCUGGAAACGACUGAAGGAAAAGUCUGCCAAGUGUGCACAAGACAAGAUGUGCACCGAUCUUGCCCUUUGAAAGCCUACAGCUCCAGCUCCAGCAAAGGCAGCAGCAUCUCCAAAAGGUCCACAGCCACCAUUGCCGAAGGAUGGCGGGGUCAAGGUGAAGGCAAAACCAAGGCCUCCUGUGCCAGUGUACAAGCCAGCGACCCAAAAGGUGGCUGAGAGGAUCCCUUUUGGGAAAGGAGCUACGCUCUCCCUGCUCAAAAGCACCGGAGCAGACGGAGGCCGCCGGCUGCCGGCCUGUAUUAUUUGGUUCUUGGAGAUGGUGGUUUGGAGUGGUUCUGAGAGCCACAAUCAGAACAGGCUCCCAAAAGGGCCCUGGGUACUGAUGUCAGACUUGCAUAUUAACCGAGGCCAUUAAUCCACCUGGAGAGGCUCAAUGGGAGUGGACCAUUUCAGUUCUGAAUUUGGCUGAGGGAACCUGCGCAACCUUGAUCACGACGGUUCCCUGCAAACAAGUUCCCUGGAUGUGAAGAAAGCAUGUGAUUGAGCAGACAAUUGCCCGGAGUUUUCUCUGCUUUUUUCUUUUGCGGGAAGACCACCUAUAUGACAACAGAUCGUAUUCAUACAAUGUUCCUAAACUCAGACAACUGCGCCCCUACAUUGUAGUUUAGUUUGC